AUGGAGGCCAAGAACAACCAGUUCAUCCACACGACGACGGAUCCUGCAGUGGCCCUUUAUUACGCCGAAGCGUUCACUUCCGGCAGUCGGCAGCACCAGGAUGUGGCUGGCUUUCAACAAGACGGCGGCCAGGUGCUCAAUGUGUCGACACCUGCUGGAUGCUUGAAGUGGCGCAUUCCGUCGAACACUGCGGGGUACCGUUUUGCUACGAAGCACAAAGUGGUGCUGCUGAAGGGAAACAUAUCUGCAGAUCGCAUCUUGUGCACUUUGGAGACCGAAAACAUGCGCCCUCGUCAGGGCAACUGCUCUUUCGACGUGUUUGCUAACCAGUUGCCAGCCAGCAUUCCGAUGCAAAUUAGACCGCUUUCAGGAGGAGGGAACCUAUGCCGCGACGGAGACUUACGAAUUGGGAGUUCCCUGGAUGGG